GAGAGGGGCGGGGUCGCGCGCAGAAGGUUCGUGGGGGCUUCCCCCUAGCAGGAGGCCCCUUGGCCCGGCCCGGCCCGGCCCGGCUUCUCCCAUGAGUUGGCGCCGCCUGUGCGGCGUGGCAGUGGCGGCCAUGACAGGACCAAGACCAGUAGUUCUCAGUGGCCCAUCGGGUGCAGGAAAGAGCACUUUGUUAAAAAUGCUGCUUAAAGACUACGGCAAUGUCUUCGGCUUCAGUGUCUCUCAUACCACAAGGCAGCCAAGAGUCGGAGAAGUGAAUGGCAAAGAGUACCACUUUGUGACCAGAGAACAAAUGCAGAAAGAAAUUGAUGCUGGCGAAUUCAUUGAGCAUGCGGAGUUCUCUGGAAACAUGUAUGGAACAAGUAAAGCUGCGGUGCAGGCCGUGCAGGCACGGAACCAGAUCUGCAUCCUGGAUAUCGACUUGCAGGGCGUCAAGAACAUUAAGAAAACUGACCUGAAACCAAUCUACAUCUCUGUCCAGACUCCGUCCAUCGAAGUCUUGGAAAAGAGACUGCGUGACAGACAGACAGAGUCCGAAGAGAGUCUCCAGAAGCGGCUGAACGCAGCUCGUGUAGACAUGGAACUUAGUAAUGAACCUGGCCUUUUUGACUUGAUCAUCAUCAAUAAUGAUCUACAAAAAGCCUAUUCUGAACUGAAGGAGAUUCUUGCAGAGGAAAUUCAGAAGGUCCAAGAAUCCAAGAAAUCCUGAGUUCAGUCUGCUUGGCUGCCAUUCCUCACGUGCUUCACAGCAUUCUGGUCCAAGAGAGACAUUCCCUUUAGCCUGAUUCCCUUCCGAGUUACUAUGACAUUUAUAUUAAAAAACAAACGCAAAACCAACCUUAUAUUUAUAUUAGCCAGGGCUUCUGCUACUUGUGUGCGCACGCUAAGGCGUCCAAUGCUCUUCUAGGUUUGCGUGGAGGUUCCAGGCAAACAGUCUGAAAGUCCCUGUACUGUAUUUCCUGAACAGAAUUAUUCUGAAUUCAUUUGUAUUGCCUGAUCAUAGAUACAGCCCCAUGCUGAUACAAUCCGUGCGUGUAGUGUGUGAAACUAAGCAGUAGUCUCCUCCAUAGCAUUUUUUGGUGGAUACUCCCUUCCCACCCGUGGGCUGCCUGCACCAGAUGCCGCCUGCAGAAGGGAAUUGCUUAGUAUGACCUGACCUGGCUUUCAAAUGGGUUAAAGUGUGCAGUGGCAUCAGCUGGCCUGAAGUGACCAGCUGAGAGAAGAGAUGCAACUGAAAAGGAAAGAGAGGGGCUGAAGACCAACUCAGAACAAGGGUGGAGCAGAAGAGAGGACGGUGCUAACGCUGGUGUCCCGCCCUCCCCUGUCCCCCGUAAAUGUUCCACUAAGCAAUGAGAGCUCCUACUCUUUCCCUUUUGUCCUCCCAUUAGGCCAGUGGCUCCAGCCACCACUCCUUUAGGUGUUUAACAUUGUCAGCGAGUCUUUCUGCUUGAUCUUGAUGCUGCUGCUGUCUAGGGCUCCUUUCAGCAGAGCUUGGGUAGCUCCAAACCUCAGUCCUCGUGCCCAGGACCUAGUCAGGUGAACUGCUGGGGUUGCUUGAAAAAACUGGAGACCCGCUUAAUCUACCAAGAAAUAAAAUCAUGUCCUGACUUCUCCUGGCUAAAAGGAGUUCCUAGGGGAGCAAUCAUUCAGCACCUGCCUGCCCUGCAAGACUGUGGGGUGUGGUCAUAUAUGUUAUUCUGUAUGAAUGCAGCGGUGGAAAGGUUUGGGUGUUCCCAAGUUCAACUCUCUGGGGAAUUUCUUUCCAGGCUGUGCAGCGCUUUUAUUCCUGGAAGAACUGACAAUGCAAGGGGGCAUUUUACAUAACAGUUUCUGAGAUCUCUGUGCCUGCUGCCAUCCUGUUCUAGUUGAAGGCUUUGAAACUUCAGGGUUUCCCUUCAAAUUGAACAUCUUAGAACCAGUUUAAUUCUGAAACAUCCAAACCAUUUUACACCUUUUCUCCUUGAUGGUUUUCCAAAAGGAAGAGUCGUGGUUGCACCUCCAUUUCCCAGAUUAUCACCCUUCCCCGCCACCGCCUACACCCAUACGGUGAAUGGUAGAACAGUAACAUUCAUUUAAUGUCCAUUUCCUCACAAAAUUUGCCUACAGAUAAUAUCUGAUAAUUAUCUACAGAUAAUCUGACAAAUACCUUCAAAGCCGAAGCUUGGCGCAGCAUGGUUUCUGGGAGGUUGUUCAUUAAUUCCAAAGUUUUUGCUUUCAGGCUCUUCCCAACAUGGAUUGGGGUGGAAUUUUAAAUGGCACUUAGCACCAAAAGAAUUAGCAAUAUCAUCUGUGCUGGGCCCUAACAACUCCAAGUGUUAAGAGGCUUAAAUGCGUAUGUCAUGGAAAAAUGAGGACUGAAAUUCUGCUUUCCCGUCGUUGCCCUGAAUCUGCAGCCAGAAGAGCUCUACGUGUUAACUGAGUGACCUCUGUAUUCCAGAACUGUAUGGGUCUUAGGAGGGAAAUUUCUCACUUAUGAAAUAAUGAAGCAUGGAGGGUUAGGGAUAGCGGGGUGGUGGUAAGAACAUGUGAGCCCUGACUACCCUAAUGCUCCUACUAGUGGUGAAUUAAAGGUUUUGUUUUGUUUUUUUUA